UCUCACCCUGUCAUUCUUUCUGCUAGUUUGUUGUGGAUUGAGUGAGUAAAGAGAAAAUGGCUCUGGCCACGUCUUCAUCCCUAAUCGCCUUCAAUCUCAAACCUUCCCUUUCCACUCCUCCGCAACGACGCAGAUCCUUCGUCGUUUCAAGCUCCGCGGCGAGUGCUCCAAUUUCCACCGCUUGGAAUGUCGAGAGUUGGCGGCAGAAGAAGGCGGUGCAGCUUCCAGAGUAUCCAGAUCAAACUGAGCUUGAUCAAGUCCUCGAAACCCUCUCCACGUUCCCCCCUAUUGUCUUCGCCGGUGAAGCCAGGAGUCUCGAGGAGAAGCUCGCUCAGGCUGCCAUGGGCAACGCUUUUCUCCUCCAGGGUGGGGAUUGUGCUGAGAGCUUCAAGGAAUUCAGUGCCAAUAACAUUCGUGAUACUUUCCGUCUCAUUCUUCAAAUGGGGGUUGUUCUGAUGUUUGGUGGACAAAUGCCUAUUAUCAAGGUGGGGAGAAUGGCGGGUCAGUUUGCGAAGCCGAGAUCAGAUGCAUUUGAGGAGAAAAAUGGAGUGAAGCUGCCAAGUUACAGGGGUGACAAUGUGAAUGGUGACACAUUUGAUGCGGCAUCUAGAAUUCCUGAUCCAAAGAGGAUGAUAAGAGCCUACACCCAGUCUGUGGCUACUCUCAACCUCUUGCGGGCGUUUGCCACCGGAGGUUAUGCUGCCAUGCAGAGGGUCAACGAAUGGAAUCUUGAUUUCAUGGAGCGCAGCGAACAGGGGGAUAGGUACCGUGAAUUGGCUCAUCGGGUGGAUGAGGCUCUUGGCUUCAUGGGUGCUGCCGGGCUCACACCUGAGCAUUCGAUCAUGACUACGACAGACUUUUGGACCUCUCAUGAGUGUUUGCUUCUCCCCUAUGAACAAGCACUUACUAGGGAGGAUUCUACUUCUGGCCUUCAUUAUGAUUGCUCAGCUCACAUGGUAUGGGUUGGGGAACGUACCCGUCAACUUGAUGGUGCUCAUGUUGAAUUCUUGAGAGGAGUUGCCAAUCCACUUGGCAUCAAGGUGAGUGAUAAGAUGGUUCCUGAUGAACUGGUUAAGCUGAUAGAUAUUCUGAACCCUAAAAACAAGCCUGGAAGAAUUACAGUGAUAGUUAGAAUGGGAGCUGAGAAUAUGCGAGUGAAGCUUCCACAUCUUAUCAGGGCAGUACGCGGAGCUGGUCAAAUUGUCACUUGGGUCAGUGAUCCCAUGCAUGGGAACACCAUCAAAGCUCCAUCUGGACUUAAAACCCGUUCUUUUGAUUCAAUAAGGGCUGAGUUGAGAGCAUUCUUUGAUGUCCACGACCAAGAAGGAAGCUACCCAGGUGGGGUUCAUUUGGAAAUGACUGGGCAGAACGUGACUGAAUGUGUUGGAGGCUCAAGGGCUGUAACUUUUGAUGACUUGAGCUCGCGCUACCACACUCACUGUGAUCCAAGACUUAAUGCUUCUCAAUCUCUUGAGCUUGCAUUUGCCAUUGCAGAGAGGUUACGCAAGAGAAGGAUGAAUUCCUUGCAAUCUCUAGCCUGACUCAGAAUUUAGAGAAAGGUCUUAGCUUAGCUUUUGGAUCAGAAAUGUUAGUGUAUGAUAUAAUUUAAAUUUGCAACGAGGUAAUGAUCAAAUACCACUGAGUGUCAUCGGAACUUAAAAUAGUUGGCACAAUCAAAUUGUGCUAUAUAAGUCUUAUAAUAGCAUGUUUGGAUCAGAUUCUCCUUCAUCAUAAUCAAUUCUGGAAUUCAGAAACUACUCAAAUAAGCUUAUUUACAUAAUUGAUUCUAAAUUUAGAAUCAAUUGGAGAAGAAUUUCCAAAUAUGAACUAAGACAUUGUGUGGAUCCGUUUGUA